AUGCUUCUGGCGCACAACUGGACAGUUCGAGCAGUUUUUGUAUGCGGUACGUCGCGAAGUGAAAUCAGAGAAGAAGUGAAAAGACUCAUUCGUUGCGUGAAAUCCAACCACAUAUCCCGAGAAGAGGCGCUGAAGCAGUUGUUUGAAUAUAUUGCUAUGGAUUCAUCAUCAUAUGUGCUAUCCGGCACAAAGCUGCUUCCUUAUUCCGAUGCGAAUUCAUCGAAAUUCGUGCCAACUGGUGCGAAGGUGGAUGGCAACAGCAGCGGGAAUAUGUCAAACACUACGGAUUUUGGGUAUGUUCUGUGCAAUAAGAAUAUCGUUGUGCAGAUUCAUUCUGGGGGAAUAAUUUUUUGA